CCAACGAAACCGACCUAUCUUGUACCAGUGGAUAGUGAAUUUGACUUUAUACCGACUUAAAUCUGAUCCCUUACCAUUUCUUACGUGUUUCCUUCGAAAUAUCCCCAAAUCGGCUUUUACCAAUUUCAUAGAAUCCCUCACUCACCCUUUUUCCAGGUUCCUACUGCUUUUGUUCUUUACACUCUCGAAUUCAUCACAUCAACGCACAAUCAUUCAAAGCUACAAAGGAUUUCUGCUCUGAAUGUUGUGGAUGACAAGUGCUUCAGAGCUAUUUCAUAGCCGGAGGUAUCGCUUUGGUGUUCGCUACAACGGCGUCGAGAUUUCAGGAUUUGAUACCUCGUUACCGGACGCCAGUUCUUCUUUAUCUUCUCUCCAACACCGCACCACAAACCGUCGCUAUAAUCGCCGUGAAAAUCGCCUCGACGAUGGCUGUGACCUUGCUUCCCGGCGGAUCCACCGCCGUCGCCUCGACCACUCGGAACACGAAUCAGUUCAGCCUGAACAAGUUCAUAAUCAAUCUCCAUCCGGUAGCAUUAUAAAUUCAGAAGACUUCAGAAGCAUACACAGACACAGAGCCACUGGGAAUGACAGGCUUCCUGGAUCUGUAUUACUUGCAAGAGAAAGACUUCUUGAAAGACUGAGAGGCGUCUCUGUUUCUCAAAACAGACAAAGCAGCAGUUCUUCAUCAAACAGUCAUCAAGAUGACAGUAAUCUGUAUGGAGAAAUGGCAUCUGAAUCAUGGCAACCAUUAACAAGAAAUCAUCAUCAUCAUCCUGGACUUCAUCAAGAUGCCUUAAAUUGUUUAAAAUUAGAGGUUUUUGGUGAUGAUGGAAAAGGAAACGAGACUUCAAGGGAGUGUACGAUUUGUUUAGAAGGUUUUGAGAAUGGUGAUGAAGUGAUACGAUUGCAUUGCUUUCAUGUAUUCCAUUCCGGUUGCUUGAUUCCAUGGAUUAGGUUAUGUGGGGCUUGCCCAAAUUGUAGAAAGGGUAUAACCAUCAACUGUUAUCGGAUAAAGAUGAUCAUAAAUCGUCUACAUGACAAAUUGACAAUGACAUGUCUUCACUAUGACUACAAUUUUAAGAGUUUAAGCUCCUGCAUCAGAUAA